AUCUCUUCAUUUGGUUAAUUCUAGUCUUUCCAUUAUUGGCAUAUAAAUGCAUGAAGAAAUGCACUAGCAGUCCAAAUUCAAUGGAGAAAAGGAACAAGAUUUGAUGGUAUGGAUAAAUCAACCAUCAUAUCUAUGGUUUGGAUAAAUGAACCAUUGGCACCACAUGAACAGAUUAGGUGCCAAACAGGGAAGUUCUAUGUUCCCAGAGAACAGGAAACUCAGCCUCAGUAUAAAAAUAAAAAAUCAAAAGCGUACCUAAUAUGUUGAUCACCGGCCUAAAUUGUGGUCUAAGACGUACAGGCAUCAGGCCAUGGCUGAUGAAUGGAUCUGAUCUUGUACACGUGUUCAAUGCAUAAAGCCACGGGACAGCUCAUUCAAUGCUGUGCACCUGCCUUCACUCUUAAAUAAUAUAGUCUAUAUGCCUCUAGUCAACAAAGACUUUGAUCAUACAUUUGCGCUUAAUUGUUGACGCAGCUGCUAUUUUCUGGUGCAUUUUCUCCUUCCUCAACAGCAGAAAGCUAGACAAAAAUCAGAGAAGAGGACUCAUUGGCCUUGGAUUUUCCUGACAUUAGUGCUAAUCUUCAUUUGGCCAUUUAGUUGGUCGAGAAAUUCCGAUGACGGACCGUAUCGUUCAAUUCGGUUUAGAAACUCUAAGUGCCCUUCUAUCUCGAGAAGCAUCACUAAUAAGAGGAGUGCGCAAUGAAGUAGAAGAAAUCAAGCUGGAACUCGAAAGUAUGCAAGCUUUGUUGAAGGAUGCUGAUAAAAGAAAAGAAAGCAAUGAAGGAGUGAGAACCUGGGUGAGGCAAGUAAGAGAUUCCACAUAUGAUGUGGAAGACAUCAUCGACGAGUUCAUGUAUCGCAUGGACAGACCACAAGGAGGUGGGCUCCGGGGUUUUCUCCUUAACAUCGUUUGCCUCCCGAAGAAUAUCUACAACAAGCAUUGCUUCGCCAUCCGACUCCAAGAAACCAAGGUUAAGGUUCAUAACCUUUUCGAUAGAGGAGUUAGCUUCGGUCUCAAUCAAAUAGGAGAAGGAACAAGCUCUCAUGAUGUUAGCAAAAUGUGGCAACGUGAUGUAGAAACUUCUCUUUCCUUAGUGGAAGAUGACAUAGUGGGGAUGAAGAAAGAAUUAGAUUUGAUAGUCAGAUGGUUGGUGGAGGAAGAACAGCAGCGCACGGUGAUUUCAGUGACGGGUAUGGGUGGGGCGGGCAAGACUGCUCUUGUCACUAAAGCCUACAAGAAGGAACCAGUAAAGAAGCACUUCGACUGCUCUGCAUGUGUUUCGGUCUCACAGACUCUUAGAAUCGAUGAAGUACUGCGAAGCAUCAUAAAACAAUUCCUUAACGCUACAAAGGACGUUGUUCCAAAUGACCUAGCCACCUGUGAUGCUAGCGACUUAAGUCAGAUGAUUAAAAGACAUCUCGAAUCGAAAAGGUAUCUGAUUGUCUUGGAUGACAUCUGGAGUAUGAAUGAUUGGAAUCAACUAAGUGUCAUGUUUCCAGACUACAAAUGCGGAAGUAGGUUAGUAGUUACAACAAGAGACAGAGAUGUGGCUUUUGCAGCGGGAGAGGGAAGCCGUGUCUGCCGGCUUGAUCAGCCUCUACAUCCAGAAGAGGCAUGGCAGCUAUUCUGUAAGAAGGCAUUUCGGAACAAACCCUGCCCUUCAGAGCUCAAGCCAUUGGCUCUACCCAUAGUAGAAAAAUGUCAAACUUUGCCUCUUGCAAUUAUUGCGAUGGGCAGACUCCUGUCAUUGACAGAUGCGAACGUGUCUGAAUGGAGCCAAGUCUAUGAUAAACUAAGUUGGCACUUGAAUAACAAUGAAACGCUUGAACCAAUAAAGCGCAUCUUGUUACUUAGCUUCUACUGUCUGCCUUACCGCCUUAAGCAAUGUUUCUUGUAUUGUUGUAUGUUUCCCGAAGAUUAUUUAAUUCCCCGCAAGAAGUUGAUAAGGUUAUGGGUGGCAGAGGGUUUCGUUGAAGAUGCAGGUAAAGUUCCAAUGGAAGAGGUGGCAGAGGAAUACCUAAAGCAACUCAUACAUCGUAACAUUCUUCAGCUUGUCGAGAUGAAUCUCUCUGGAAGGGUGAGUACUUGUCGAAUGCAUGAUAUUGUCCGUGAAGUGGCCUUAUCCUUAUGUGACGAAGAAAAGUUCUGCAUCACAUACGAUGGGCAGCAAACAAGGCAAGGGGACAAAGUACGUCGCAUGUCAAUCUACAAUUCUGGAGAAACUAUUCAACAUAGCAUGAGUAUGUCACAGCUUCGCUCUCUUUUAGUGUUUGAAGGAAGCACAUCUUUCUCUUCUUCUCUAAAUACCAUAGCAUCAAGUUUUAUGUUAUUGAGGGUCCUAGAUUUACAGGGAGUUCCUAUUGAAAGCUUACCAGAUGAAUUGACGAAUCUAUUCAAUUUACGGUAUCUUAACUUGAGGAAUACUAAUGUUAGCGAGCUUCCAAAAUCUUUAGGAAGGAUGCGGAACCUGCAAACAUUGGAUGUCAAACAAACAAGGAUCAAGAGGUUACCGAGUGGGGUUGUGAAGCUACAGAAACUACGCCACUUAUUCAGUAUUCAAUAUAAUAGGGCAGAUCCAUAUACUUUCGAGUACUUCAGUAGCAUCCAAGUUCCUAUUGGAAUAUAUAAUAUAACAAGUUUACAAAUUCUAACUAGUAUCGAAGCAAAAGGAGGGGAAAUUGUGAGACAAAUUGGGAACUUAAGCCAAUUGAGAAAACUUGACAUUUCCAAGGUCAGAGCAAUCAACGGAGCUGAGUUGUGCAAAUCCAUCGCAAAGCUGAAAUACCUUGUUUACUUGAGUGUUAAGGCAAUCAACGAAGAAGAAACGCUUCAAUUGGAAGAGCUCUCUCCUGAUCAUCGGCCACUUUUUCAGAAGCUUUACCUGUGGGGACGUUUGGAGAAGGUGCCUCAAUGGUUUAGGUACCUUGCGCAUCUCACCGUUUUGGAGUUGAAUUGGUCUAAGCUGAGAGAAGAAGAUCUUCUUUCAUCACUCCAAGCAUUGCCCAAUCUGGUGCGCCUUUCACUUUUGAAUGCCUAUGAAGGGCAGCAGUUGUGUUUUCACGAUGGAUGGUUCCCUAAACUCAGGGAACUAGAGUUAAAGUAUUUGACACAACUAAAUCGGGUAGUGAUAGAGAAGGGAACAUUGCCAAGCAUCCAAGAGCUAUUUGUGAGCAGAUGUGGAGAGUUGAAGACGCUUCCAGAAGGGAUUGAAUACCUCACCAAACUCGAAGAUCUCAGCUUAGGCGAAAUGCCAACAGAAUUCACAGAGAGGUUGCAGCUAAAAGAUGGAAACAAGGAGGACCGUAGAAAGGUGGAGCACAUUCCCUUAAUCUACGGUGGACGCUGGACAGAAGAGGGGUGGGAUUGGCAUCGACUCAACUAAUCAUCCAUCGAUUCAGGUAAUCCUUCUUUUGCUGAUGAGUUGUGAGGAGAUUAGAAGGAUGAUGAACAUUACAGGAGCAAAAUAUCUGAGGUGGUGCUACAAUGACGGAGGAUGCGGAGCUGAAGUACGUGUUCUCAGUCAUUGACUCAAGUGAGACUGUGAGAGGCAACGGAGGCUGUUGAUGUCUACUCGGUGAAUUUGAGAUUUAUUUGGUGCUUUGUGUCUGUAAUAAGUGUGGCUGUACGGACAUCAAUGAAUUUUAGGUCUAUUUGGUGCUUUGGGUCCUUAACAUUGGACAUGUAUUGUGUUUGUGAUAAGUGUGGCUGUAUGUACACAAAUGGAAUAUUGGUUACCACCCGAAUCGGUUUUAUGUAUGGCUAUAUGCCUUGCUCAAGAUGAUUGUUAUCUAGGCAUGAUUAUGUGUUAAUAAAUGUGGAUUUUUUUAUUAGUAUAUAUAGGUGGAAAGUGUGUUUUAGA